CCCAAUUAGGACAUAAAAAGGAGAGGUGUCAAAUAUGGGUUUGGUGACUAGAGCUCUGAUCCUGAUCGCCAUGGUUGCAUUUCUCACCUCACUUGCUCAUGCCACUAAUGGCCUAGCCACAUUCUACACCCCAUCCUAUGUUCCAUCAUCAUGCUAUGGUUAUCAUGACCGAGGUGUCAUGAUUGUAGCAGCAAACGCGGGUUUGUUUGCUGGCAAAAGUGCAUGUGGUAGGAGGUAUCGUGUACGCUGCACUGGUGGAACUAAUGCAGGUGUUCCGCAUCCAUGUAAAGGAAGUACGGUGGAUUUGACUGUUGUUGAUCUUUGUCCCGGAUGUGCAAGCAAUCAACUUGACCUUUCCCAAGAGGCAUUUGCAAGGAUUGCCGAUCCUAAUGCCGGGAAAAUUAAGAUUGAAUAUCAUGAGAUAUAAUCUUAUAAAAUGUGGAUGCAUGAUCUCUAUAUGAUUAUCUAUUAGUAUAUAUGUAAUGUUUGAGACUCAAGGGCGUUGUAAACAUGAUAGCCUAUGGCCACUUUGCUUAGUAUCAAGUUUGUUGAAUAAAAU